AUGUAUUUCGUUCUCCCGCCAAAUUUGAAGAUGGCGCCUGUAGCGUUUACGUUUGUAGUUCGCUUUAGCACCGAGGUACGUUGAACAACAACUUUGCUUUUGCAAAUUUUUUCGUUAUUUUUUCCUCAUAAUGAUUGCAAUGCUUCUUUUUAAAUAGGAUGCAAUCUUUAAAGCUGAAAAUUUAUGCAAGGGAAAGACAGAUGCCACGAGCGCUUGGAAAUGUGCGAAAGAAGACACGAAUUGUGGUCGCAUGGAAGCUGAAUUCCAGCUCGAAAAGGCCUCUUAUAUCAGUCACAUCGACAUUGGUGUGUGUUAGUCCUUCAAUGAAAUAACAGUGAAAACUUCUAAGCUGUAUCAACAGCUCAGCUGAUUAUAAAGCCAAGGAAUGCACGUGAUUCCUCAUAUCUUUGUUCUUCUAUUCAUGUUUCUUUGUGCAUUCAUUUGCUUAAGUGUAACACCUUUGUUCGUUUUUGGUUUUUUGUCGCUUUUCUACGUACUAUUAGUUUAAUUUUCCAUAUUCUAUAAAAGACAUGAUAGAUAUAUAGAUAUCUGAGAAGUCUUCAUUUCGUCCGCCAAUUUUACCGGAGCUUUUUACUGUUUUACAAAUGUAAUCCGACUCCCUCGACAGUAUGCCUUUACCAUGUCAAAAUGCAAUGGUAUAUAAGGUAAACACGGGAAAUAACGCCUCACUAGUAACCGUUAAAAGCGCCAUGAGGGAGUUACACACUGAAAUUUUUAUACUGGAAUCCCCUUCAUGUUCGAUGCCUGCAUCUUAAACUUUGAGGACAAGCAAUAAGUUCAAAUAAUUUUGCAAUAUCUUACUAAGUUACCUUAGAAAAUUUUCUGCUGUAAAGUUUCCCAAGGGUCUUCAGUUCUUAAUGCGAAAGAUGUUUCAUUUUACAGUAGAAAGGAGGAUAGGGAGGUAGGGGAGAUGCCCUGGCCAAGAGUCAAGUGUGCUAGAAUGUCUGCUAUUGUACACUGAUUAUUGCUCUGCCUUCUUGAGAAAACAUUUUACUCUCAGUGCCUCUUUCCACACAGGAGUAUAACUGGCUCCUAGAAAACUGACAGGGAAGCUUGACAAAUUAAAAGCCUGUGAUUGUCUAGUUUCACAUCCUCAAAAAUAGUUAUACUUGUACUUUUAUUUGCUUUUUACAACCAGCUUCAUGAAACUCUACUAAAUCUUUUCCCCAGGUAACUGUGGUUCUUCCUUCAUUGAGAUUUUGGUUGGAAACUCAAUGUGGCCUCAGGAAAAGCCAUUUUUAACUUUACUACCAUCAGCCAUGCUGAUGACCCCAGCUGAGUGUAAACACUGGACUAAGACACACACUGUUAGAAUGUUUAAUCACAGUAUGUAUCAUAGUGGAUCACAUUGUACUGAAUGUUAUCACACUGGAAUAUAUGUAAUAACAUAAUAUGCGACUAUUACAGUCUAUAGUCUGUAUCAUUUUACACUACUACCUAUGUUGGUGUAAUAAUCAUGAUAAAUUAAUAUAUAGUAAAAAUAAGUUAACAGCAUAAAUUCUUACAGCAUGGAUAUUGCCAACUAGAAGAAAUUAUACGGUUAGUUAAUGGUGUAAAAUCUUAUAGUAUGUAUAUUUUCAGGCUAAAAAAAAUUACAAAUGAAUAAAGGGGGUAAGUUUCUAAAGAAACUGUGGUGCUGCAUCAGUGGGAGAAUAUAGCAGGUAACUUACUGCUAACAACUGAGUUGAAAACGUAAAUUGGCUACCAUAAAGAGUGAAAAAGCUGGUGUUUCAAGUGUUAGCCCUUCAUCAUCCCUCUGACAAAGGGCUAACUGACUCUUUUCCAUGGGAAAAUGUACCCUAUAGUUAAUGAAGACUAAAUAAAAUAUUUACAAAUAAAGUUAAACAAAUUUAAAUGCCCAAUGAAAUUGAAACAUUAGAUAUAUAUAUAUAUAUAUAUAUUAAACUUGGUUGUGUCACCCUUUUUUAUUGAUGGUAAAUAUUUCUAAUUCAGAUUCCUUUUCCAAGCAAGCCCUAGGAAGUCAGUGGGAUCGCAUAAGAGUUACCUGUCGACAACCUUUCAGGUCAGACAAGCAAUUUGGGCUGUCAUUCAUAAGGGUGGCUUCAGUUGAGAGUGACCCUGUAUCAGUCCCUCCUGCAGGAGUAUCUGGUUCAACAGCCACCUUAGGGCAAACUUCACAUGAUGUAAAUGAUGAUGAUGGUAUUGUGCGAUUGAAGAUGGCAUCGGGCCUCAUGGGUUGCCUUAGGUAUGAAGCAAUUGUUGUAGGCAAAUAAUCUCAGUCAGUGCCUGAACAUGCCAUUGUGUUCUUUCCAACAAAGAAACAAGAAAAGAUUAGUAAAAACUUUUUUUUGUAAAUUAAUUUUUUAGGAGUUUUGAGAAAGGAAGCCCUGAAAGUCCACUGAACAGAGCAGGAAAGAUGUUACAGGCUGCUCUAGACAGCAGAUCUCCGACAACUCCAAGGAUCAAACCUGGAAACAAAAGGUCAUCACCUGAAAUUGCAUCCAGUCCUGAAAGUCCUUACAAGAAAAGAAACUGGCACUCACCCAGUGAUGGUAAGUCUGCUUGUUUAGACAAAGUUAGAGGCCAUACAACCAUUGUUACCAAUAACUAACAUUAGCUUGACCUAAAGUCUAAGAUUACAGUAGAACCCUGUUGACUUAAACUCCCAAGAGAAGCAGAAAAAUGGUUUGAAUUAGCAUGGGUUCAAGUUUGUUUGAUAGUAAAUGACCGCAAAAAAAUGGAUUGAGGGAAAUCAGAUCUUGUUCCAGUUACUGAAAGGUUUGAGUUAGCAGGCUACUACUGUAUAUUUGAACCACAAUUACCACACUUAUCAGUGUCACAUGGUGAUAUUACCACUACUUCAUACACACAGAUUAUAGGGACUAGUACAAAAAAAAACAGAAAAAGGUACGAGACAUAAAUUAAGCUACUGAGACACCAUGCAAAAACCUUUCCAAAGGUGGUAAGAUGUUUUGUUAUACGCACAAAGUUAUGGAUUACAGAGGGAAUCUGAGUACACUGGAACCCCACCAAACAAUCUGCCCCUGACUGGAAACUUUAUAAUUGUUUCCUGAUGAUAUUCCAGAAUCUUCUUUAAAUCAUAACCUGGCCCCGUCAUCAUGACUGACCCGACAACACUUUGCAUUGGUAUCCCAGUUACUCUCUGCAGAACUUGACAUUACCUCUUCCCUCUCAUUGACAUCUAUGUUGAAUAAAAACUUCUCACACCAGAAAUUAUUCUCCAUUACAGAAACAAAUUUAAAGAAGAAAAAGCAAGAGAAGACAUGGAGCCUUGCUGGGGAUGUAAGAAUAGCAUUUCAAUCUGUUCUUUUUGUGCUUAAAAAAAACCCUUCUAUUUCACAUGCCAUAAUUUCAGGAAUGUUUCCAAUCCAACCAUUCAAGUUAAAUUUACUCUUCAGUUGACAGUUAAAGAACAAUUUUUGGAGAAAUACAUAAUAUAUAUAUAUAUAUAUAUUUUUUUUUUUUUUUUUUUUUUUUGUUUUUAGAUACGUGAUGAAGUGGAACUAUUUCUUGAGGAUAUUGACUUCACAAAAAUUGAUCUUGGAAGUGUUACAUUUAAAGGUAAUCAAUUUUAUCUUCAGUUGUAUUCAAUCACAAUUUAGUAGGAUACCUUCAAACAAGACUCUAACUUUUGGCUCAAAACUGACGUCUGUCAAAAUUAAAUGACCAGCAUCUUUCACUGGUUUCAUGCUAUGAAUAUUAACCCUUUAACUCCCAGGAACUCCCAGGAUCUGAUUGUUAAUUCUCCCCUCCAGCUGCUACACAUCCCCUUGUAAAUUUGUUGCAACAAUUUGGUGAUAGAUCAAGAUAACAACUUCUACCUAAUACAUUUGAGUAUUCUCAAUACCUGUUUGCUGGAUAGUGGAUGGAUAUUGUAAGGAGAAGUUAUGUGUGAAUCACUUCUAGGAGUUGAAGGGUUAAAUAGACAUGUUUUUAUGUCCUUUAACAGUUUGUUAGCAUAUGGAGAAAUGCACAAAGUUUCCUGUUGGAGUUUUAGCCUCUUUCACUUGACUAGACCAGGAUGGUAAACAUUAUCUCCAUUUUAUCUUCAUCUUGUAAACUACAGCUUUCUCUUUUUGCAAGACAUAUAUUAGUAUUUUUGUAUGUAUUCCAAAAUUUUACAAUUUAUCUAUCAUAAGCUUAAUUGUCUUAAUAGUUUUUUGCUUCAGCUACUAGCACUUAUUUAUUUGUAGAGGGUUCAUAAACUCUAUUGAUAAGCAUGACACGACUGUAUGUCAGGUACUUUGUGUUUCAUUGUCUAUUUCAAUGUGUUUUUUUUCUUUCACCCAGACUUGAGAAGCCAAAUGGAGGCACAGAGGGGUUGUUCUCUCACCAGCCUUGAGAAGAAAGUUUUUCUUCAGGUAACCUCUGACUAGACAACUGACAAAAUUAGUUGCAAAUGUUAAUAAAUGGUGAGAUUUUGUUUGAAUUGUCUCUUAAUAUCCAAAGUAUUUUCUUUUUCACAGAUGACAAAGGCUGCCAUUGAUAAAUUACAGCCAGCUGCCGAGGACAGUGAUAGUGAUCUAGAGGUAAUCUACACUGUGUGCACCUUUAUGCCUGUCUGUAGUGAUAAAAUUAGGACUGCUACUCUCCUAAUAAAUUAACAGAAAGAGAUCUCCACUUUAAGUUCAUUUUUUGUGAUGGCUAGUGAUUCUUAAUUUUCAGGAUGUUUUGGAAUUGUCCACAAACAAAUGUGAUACAAGUCCAAGUCUUCAAAUGGGCAAAAAUCCUAGCAGAGCAAAGAAACAGCUCAGAGAGAGGUUAGUUAUUCAGUAAGAACCACCUAAGUAAUGCAUUCCAAUAAUGAUAUAUCUAAAUCCUCCUUGAGCUUCUUUAAGUGGAAUUUUAACAAACAAAAGGUCUGGUUGAGAGAGGCAGAUGCACAAUUAGCAUUAGCAGGCCCUGUUAUUGUUACAAAUGUUACUUUUCUUUGUUUGUUUGUGUGGAUGACUUCAUACAGGGACUUGUUGGGGAAGAACUGUUACAUUGUGACUGCUCAUAAUACAAUCUUUGCUUGAAGUUUUAGUAAUGCAACAUCUGCUUCAGAAGAGAAACCCUCUGCAACUAUGAACCAAAAUCAAUCACCAGAUUUGACAUCAACUGUAUCUAUGCCUGAAAACAAAACUCAUAGAAGUAGGAAGAAGCCAAUUCUUUCUGUUGACAUAUUUGAGGAGGACAUCCCAUCAUCUUCAUCGAGGUUUCUUGAGGAUGACACAGAAGAACUCCCUUCUAUGUUAGAUUCUUCUGCUAAUAAGCCAGCAAAAGAAGAGCUUUUCCACUGUGGCAACUAUGAAUUGUCACCAUCACUUGCCAAGAAAGCAUCAUCAAUAUCUUUAGUGGAAUGCCCAAUCUGCAGCAUGUUCUUCCCAUUAACAAAGAUUGAAAUUCAUGCUGCUUUAUGCAAUAAUAAAACAGAUGUUUCUCAAACUAACACUACCCUUGAAGAUGACCAUAUUCCAUGUCCAAUAUGUUCUAAGUUGUUUCCACUGGCUUGGAUUGAACAACAUGCUGAUAUUUGUGUGGAAACAAGCAGAAGCAAUGAUAGCAAUAACAUGGGGAGAGAAGUAAUUACUACUCAAGGGAUUUUAUUAUGA